AAGACACGUUGAACCCAUAUCAUACCUCCCACUUUCUUUGAAAGUAAAGUUGAACCCAUUAUAUCUUCGCACCUCACGACUAUCACAGUGCGGUGUUUCCCGUUCCAGUAAGACACAGUUGCAGCCCAACUGUGACACCCAUGGCAAUCCCGGAUGCUACACACUACUUCAAGUUGUUCGAGAUGGGAGCGGGGGGUUGGGGGUUCAACUUUACUUUUACCAACUUUUGCUCCUGCGUCUUAUCAGGAGACAGGUAUCUAUGUUGUACUGGUUAAGCGCUUCGCCCUUGUAAUAAAGUGACUCGAGUUCGAUUCCCGAUUGGGGAGAUUUUUUAUCAAGUUUCUUGGCCUUGUUGUACCCUUUCCAACCACGGUUGGCCCUGAGAAAGCAAUGUCAAGGCCAGCCCUCUAAAUAUACUAAACUGUGCGAAUGUGUGCGUAUAAACUCCUACAUUUUCUUAACAGGUGCACCGACUACCAGGACAUUCCAAAUGGCUGCACAGUCCAGAAGUUGGCGGGUCAGUGCUGCCCUCAGAUCGUGUGCCAGGGGAACCAGGUGAUCGUCCCGUCCACCACGAACGUCCUGAGCCAGGGAAGUGGAGACAGCGUGUAUAAGGACACAGCCACAGGCGGCAGCAAACCUCUCCUGCCUCAAGUGCGGCCGGACGGGACCAUUGAUCCCAACAACUCUGGCGUGCAGCUGCCUUCGAUCA